AUGGCGAACGUGUCAAGUCCAACAAAGGGAACACGUAAGCAAUUCACUCAUGGCAAAAAGAAUAAAGAAUUUCAAUCUACAAAAUAUAUUAAUUGCAUGAAUAUUUAUGUUGAAUUAGCAUCUGAAUAUCCGGAAGAAUUAAAUGCAGCCUUAAAAAAACUUAAUACAGAAAAUUUUGAUUACUCUGAAUUUAGCAAUGUUAAAUUUAUUGGAAAAGGGAAGAUUGCAAAAACAUACUCCGCUAUUUUCAAAAAUAAAAUGUAUGCAUUAAAAAUUCUACCAGAUUUUGAUGAUUAUGGCUUACUUAAAAAACUUGUUGGUGAGCACUCUAAAAAUAUUCUGAUUAACGAUAAUAAAGCGUUGAUUGCGGAGUUUGGAAUUACAAAAAGCUUAAGCUACAUGAAAGGUAUCGACAUGGUAGCAUAUAUUGACCCAUAUUGCAUUCUGAAAUCGAAAAUGGAUGACAUGGACAUGAAAGCUGACAUUUAUAGCUUGGGCAUGUUAUUCUGGGAACUAACGAGUGGAGUUCCUCCAUAUAAUGAUUUAAGACCCGAAAAAAUCAUCCAGCAAAUUUCGGCUGGUGAACUUGUAAGAGAGAAAACCGCAAAAAAUAUACCUCCAAAUUAUGCAAAUCUCUACGAGAGAUGUUGGUCUCAUGAUCGUGAUAAGCGUCCAACAACGGAUGAAAUUUUAGAAGACCUUGAAAAAUUAAAUUCUUCUGUGGAAAAUUGUGGAGAGGUUUCCAUAAGUGAAAUUAAAAUUAUAAGUUGCUUCAUGUUGAUUAAGGACAAAAUCGAAAAAUCCAAAAUCAAUCUUUAUAAUUACGAAGAUUUUGAAAAAAUUGAUGAUGAUAACCAAUUUGAAAUUGCAAACUGGAAAAACCAAAAUGAAAAGGUUGCUCUAAAUUAUAUAUAUAUUGAUCCAAACAUAACUGAAGAGAGGAUUCAAGAAUAUAUUGAAGAGGUCGAACUAAUGGCUAGUAUUACGGUGCGUCAUCCUUCUCAUAUUAACCAAUUUUAUGGAAUAGCCGGAGAUGAGAAGGAGCAUCGUUAUUUUUUAAUCCAACAUUAUGCAAAUAAUGGUAAUUUACGGGAAUAUCUAAAAAAUAAUUUUGAUAAACUUUUAUGGAAAGAUAAGUUACACUUAGCACUCGAAAUUGCAACUGGGCUCAAGCAUCUACACCAAGAUAAUGUCAUUUAUAAAGAAAUUGUAAGAUAUAUUUUAAAACAAUAUCAAUAUAAUAGAUCAAUUAUCAAAUCAAAUGUUUUUCUAGAAGUACUUAAUGUUCUCACGGAAAUGCUUAAAGAGGAAGGGGAGUUGAUUCAACCACCUGAAAUUUUGACUGAAGGAACUUUGACUGAAGAAACUCUGACUGAAAAAUCUCCGACUGGAGAAGCUCUGAUUGAAGAAGCUUUGAUUGAAGAAGCUCUGAUUGAAGAAGAAAUAUUGACUGAAGAAACUGAAGAACCUAAGAACUGUACAGUUCGUUCACAGCCUUAUUUAAUAAAAGACAAACACCUUGAUUUUAUAUCUAAAUGGAUUUAUAAAGUUUCAAGAACCAAUUUAAUAAGAUUACUUCACCCAUUCGAAGAUACAAAUAUACCAAAAACUCGAUUCGAAUUUAAGUUACUUAUUAGGGGAAGCAGAGAUGGAUUUACUGUGGAUAAAUUCCAUGAAAAAUGUGACAAUCAAGGGCCAACUUUAACGGUCAUGAAAAUUAAGGGCACAAAUAAGAUCUUAGGAGGAUAUAACCCGCACUAUUGGGAUUCACCGGACGAUUCGUUACAUCGUCAUUCCAAAAAAAUUUUUAUAUUUAGUUGCGAUCCUGAUAGCACAGAUAACAUCAUCAUUAGUAGGGCAGUGCAUGAUAAAGCGCACAUUAAGUUAAGCUCUAGGAGUGGCCCAAAUUUUAAGGAUUUAUGUAUGAUUGGUAAUUUCGAAAAUGAUCAUAGAUGCAAAUAUUUACAUCGAUAUUAUGAAGCCGCGAUUUUGGAAGAAAGAAAUGAACAUUUUUAUUUCUCUGUGGAUGAUUAUGAAGUUUUUAAAGUUACUAAAAAUCAAAAUCUUCCCUCCCAUUCUUUCGCUGAUUAA